AUGGAGGAGCUUCUUAAGAGCUUAUCAUCUGUGUCAUUAAAUUCGUCUGUUUUUCCAAACUUUACCGAGGACGCUGCUCCCGAAGAGAGAGAAAUUAUUGAAUUUGUCAUUCGAUGCGUAAUACCGUCUAUGUACAUUAUCAUCAUUUCGGUGGGAUUACUGGGAAACAUCACUCUGGUGAAGAUAUUCAUCACCAAUAGUGCAAUGAGGAGUGUGCCCAAUAUUUUCAUCUCAAGUCUCGCAGCCGGGGACCUUUUGCUGCUGGUUACUUGCGUGCCCGUGGACGCAUUUAGGUACUUUGUGGAGGAGUGGAUCUUCGGGACGGUCGCCUGUAAGCUGAUUCCCGUCAUCCAGUUAACUUCAGUCGGAGUCUCCGUGUUCACUCUCACCGCGCUCAGUGCCGACAGGUACAAAGCCAUAGUGAACCCCAUGGACAUCCAGAGCUCGAGUGCUGUCUUCUGGACCUGUUUGAAAGCCGUGUCCAUAUGGUUUGUCUCCGUGCUGCUGGCUAUCCCUGAGGCCAUCUUCUCCCAAGUCGUCCACAUCCAGGACAAGAAUGUCACCUUCACGGCCUGUGUGCCCUAUCCUCUGUCCAACGAGAUGCACCCAAAGAUCCAUUCCAUCAUGAUAUUCCUGGUCUACUUCCUCAUCCCCCUGGGCAUCAUAUCCAUCUACUACUACCACAUUGCUAAGACGCUAAUCCGGAGCGCUCACGACAUGCCGGGAGAAGUCAGCGAACAUACCAAAAAACAGGUGCGUUCACGUUCUGCUUUCGUCAUCCAAUGA